AUGCAUAAACCAAGUCGUAUACGAAGUUCCUCAUCCGCAGCAGCAUCUCCGCGUUCGGCAUCAGGAGCAGCACCGAGAAGGACUUCGGUCGCAUUCACCCCGAAUGACCGACUGGAUACUAUUUUUCAGGCUAUCCGACAACAGAUCGAUCGUUGGGGUGAACACGCUAAAUGGAAGAUAGAUCUCGUCCUCAUGGAACCAGGGACUAGUCGACCCAACUCACCUCAAAUACCACAUGGCGGUCAUCUGGACGUGAUGGCACCCAGCAGCACCGUCGGAGAUACGAAUUUCAGAACCACGUUGCAUUCGCAACCCGCACGACCUCAUCCUUCCGCAACUUCUCAACAGUAUAACAGUAAUCCGUCUCCGCUCCUGACACGCCGUUUUUCACCCGUUUUACCACGCCAAUUACCUGAUAAUUCACUCUCCAUCAACGCUAAUGUGCAAUAUCCAUGGGACUACAUUCCACUCUCUCACACUGAGAAAUGGUUUGCAACAGACGAUGAAAAUAUUCAGCAACAGCAUAAAGACGCCAACGAACGCGAACAUUACCUUGAACGAAUCAUACGCUCGCAAUCCGAGCAACUUGGCCAGUCUCAAACAGAUACCGUGGAUGCCUCGAGCGCUAUUGAAACGAUGCAAUCCAUUUUUUUAAUGAACGAAAGUGAACAAAAACAACGUUACAAUAUCGAAUUGAAAAUGUUGGAAAAAGAGAUUGAAAUCUUAUCACGCAAAGUUCAUCGCAUGAACUCGGCUUUGGAAACCAUAGAAAAGAUGGAGUUAUCCUCCAAAGAUACAAAUCUGGACAAGGAAACAUUGACAGAAGAGUGCAGAUUAUUAUUGCGCAAACUCCAUUUAGCUGAACUUCGAUUAGCUGCACGCGACGCGGAACUAAAUUAUUUACAUGACAAAUUAAGGUCUUAUACCAUGCCACCGUAUGAAUCGGCCCCUGUGUUCCGACGGUCACCCAAGCCGAACUAUCCUCCUUCCAUUCAUUCCAGUUAUUUGCUUCAGCAGCAGUAUUCACCAAAAUUGCGAACAGCUAUCCGACCACAAGCACCUUCUGGCGGGAGCCUGUCAGGGUUAGAGAGUUUGGGUAUCCUUGCCGAUCAGAUGCUCAGCGACCCCGACUUUGAAACAAACAAUAGACGAAAAAGACCCUCCGAGCCGGAUACCGCCAAUCUAGAGGAGAUACCACGAAAUGCAUCGCACGAAGAACAAACAAACACAGGCGCUCCAGCAACAUUCGCAGUUUCUCAUCCUACCGAAUCCAGUUCCCGUGAUCUGUAUGGAUCCACGGCAAGAGAAAAUGGGCUGGACAGCAAACGUUCAAAACGAUCCAUUGAUUCUGCCAACGCACUUUUAACCAUGCCCUCUGUACCAUUUGCAUCUUCGCAUGAGAAACAUGAUGUGAAACAAGAAGACGGAUCCUUCAAUCAAUCAUCGGCCAAAUAUCAGCACCCAUCGCAAUACAACCAUUGGACAGUAGAGCAAGAUACGCAGUUACGGAACGCGGUAGCCAAGUACGGGUUUCAGUGGGAUCUGAUAUCACGACAAGUUUUACAUCAUACCAGCGAGCAAUGCCGUCAGCGUUGGACACACAGCUUCGAUCCCAACGUACAAACACCAUCACUUGCCGUGAGGAACGUCGAUGCCCGGCAUUCUCCUUCUAUAGCGGCUUUAUUGGACUCCAAUGAAGAUAUGAUUAUGCGCCGUGAUAUGUCGUCCCAGCCUACAACCAACCAUGCUCAUUCCUCCAGUUAUUCACCCCAUUCAUAUUUUCCUGAAGCCGCAUCGCAUUCAUCCGACAGUAAAUAUUCUUCCUUUCAAGGUUUCACUCCACAUCGAUACCCUUCGCAUUCAUCGUCUCAAUAUGACCCACAGCCAUCCCCUUCAUUACCAUCCAUUCCUACCAAAAGUAGACGACCGCAAUGA